GUAUGAUUGCGUUCUUGUUCACGCACGUUCGUUAUCGAUCUUGCGUUUUCAGUAAUUGUUAAACGUUCAAAUCAUAUACGAGCAUUUGUUAGUCUAAAGCUCGCCGACUCGCGCAAUGGCGGAGGAUUUGGAUGUCGAGGCGAUGCUGGAGGCGCCAUACAAGAAAGGGGAGCAGGACUCCUCAUCCAAAGACAAAUCCUCCAAGGAGAAUGGGUCUAGCCGUAAAUCAUCUGGGAAGAGCAAACAUCGUUCCCGUUCCCGUUCUCGAUCGCGAGAUCGCCGGGAGAAAGAUCGUCGCGAUCGCGACAGAGAUCGAGAUCGAGAUCGAGAUCGCGACAGAGACAGGGACCGUGAUCGUGAUCGUGAUCGUCGACGCAGAUCAAGAUCAAGAGAUCGAAGAGAGCGCGAUAGAGACCGUGAUGGCGAGAGAGAUAGGGAUCGACGAGACAGAGAUCGAGAUCGAGACAGAAGAAGGAAACGAUCACUCACGCCGAUUACGCUUCCCAGAGCAAGACUACCGUUUGGAAAAGGUGUCAGCCCCCUUGGCAUCAGAAAUGACGAAUUAACACCAGAAGAACGGGACGCCAGAACUGUGUUCUGCAUGCAACUGAGUCAGCGUAUACGUGCUCGUGAUCUAGAAGAAUUUUUCUCGAGUGUUGGCAAAGUUCAAGAUGUCCGACUCAUCACAUGCAAUAAGACAAGAAGAUUCAAGGGUAUAGCAUAUGUAGAGUUCAAGGAUCCUGAAAGUGUCACACUGGCACUUGGAUUAUCGGGUCAGAAGCUCCUCGGUGUUCCUAUAGUAGUACAACACACGCAAGCUGAAAAGAAUCGCAUGGGCAACUCCAUGCCUAAUUUAAUGCCAAAAGGUCAGACAGGUCCUAUGAGGUUAUAUGUUGGAUCUCUUCACUUUAACAUCACAGAAGAUAUGCUUCGAGGUAUUUUCGAACCUUUCGGUAAAAUUGACAACAUUCAGCUGAUCAUGGACCCAGAGACUGGCCGAAGCAAAGGUUAUGGAUUCUUGACUUUCAGAAACGCGGAUGACGCGAAGAAAGCUUUAGAACAGCUGAAUGGUUUUGAACUUGCUGGAAGACCCAUGAAAGUUGGCAACGUUACAGAACGUACAGAUUUAAUACAAGGUCCUUCUCUGCUUGAUACAGAUGAACUGGAUCGAAGCGGUAUAGAUCUUGGUGCUACUGGAAGGUACGAAAUAUUAAUUAAUUAUUAUUCAUAUAAUCCUGCAGCCGCAAAUGCAUUGAACAUGGCUCCCGUCAUGUCAACGCCACAGCCACCUCCACAAGCUGCUCCGCCUAUAGCGACGCAAUGCUUUAUGUUGUCGAAUAUGUUCGAUCCACAAAAUGAGACCAAUCCAAAUUGGGCGAAAGAAAUACGCGACGAUGUCAUCGAGGAAUGUAACAAACACGGUGGUGUACUACACGUGUACGUGGAUCAAGCCUCCCCUCAGGGUAACGUUUACGUUAAAUGUCCGUCAAUAGCAACAGCAGUCGCGGCUGUCAAUUCGCUACACGGUAGAUGGUUCGCUGGUCGGGUGAUCACAGCCGCGUACGUACCGGUUGUAAAUUAUCAUUCGUUGUUCCCUGAUGCGAUGACCGCUUUACAAUUACUGGUCCCGAGCGCGCCACGAAGGGGAAUGUGAUCUUAAACAGUGCAAAGGCGAGUUAUA